AGCCUGUGAGACUGUGGAACGGAGAACGCAAUACGGUGCGAGGAACAGAGCAGGAAAUCCUUUUGUACUGUUUCUUAUUCACACUUGUUCAUCAAGGUCUUUGAGUCCUCAAAGGCAGAAUUUACUUCUAAACAUAAAGAUGGAAACUAAAGUACAUUUAUUCUGCCAGGCAGAAGAAAGUAUGGAUUUAUCACAUGCUGUCUCUAAUUCUUUUGCAACUGAUUUGCCAUCAAGAAAUAUUGACAGUAAAAAGUACAUCAAGUUUUUUAAAACAGAAAAGAAAAUUUCACCAUUAAUUUCACCUGAAAUUCGGGGUCUGAGACCAGAACACAAAAAAAGGUAUGAAAUGUCACUAUUUGUAUAUGGAGCAGAAAAAUCCUCUGACAAAGUUGGGAGGAAGAAACAUUUACAAGUACAACUGCAUAGUAAAAGAACUGAGAUUGCAUCUUCCUUUGUGAAGCUGUCAAAGGAGAAGAUGGCUAGGAAAGAAAAUUUAUGCAAAUUGUCUAAUCAGUACAGAGUUCACAAGACUUCAAAACCUGUUUGUACAUCUUCCUCAAUUUCUCGGGAAAAGGAAAUGCUUUCUAACCUCUACUUGACAUUAUAUGAUGAAGUACCCCAAGAAGACUUGUACUUACAAGAAUUAAAUGUUAAUGGAUUGCUGAAUUUUUCUGAUUUCCUUAAGGCUGCGAGUGAUGUUUCUCAUUUGAUUUCUCAGGAUCCAGCAUUCCAAGAUGCCAUGAAGAUUUUUUGUAGGUUAAAAGGUGGUCGAGUUGCAACUGAUGAAGUGGUUUCUGUUUUGGAGAGCCUGGAUAUCUUUUUAAUCCCUGAUACUUUUCAGGAGGUUAUAAAGUAUACCUAUAUUGACACAAUUAUGGAAGAGUCAGCCUUGGAUGAAACUACUUCAGACAGAAAGUUAUCAAAGGCCCCAGGUUGCUAUCUACAAUUGAAGAAGAAAAGAAGUUCAUCUUCCAGAUUGUCUGAACCUUCGGUAUACCAAAAGUCAAAUAGAAAAAGUGUUCCAUAUCAUGGUGAAAUCAUUGAGGAGAAUGAUGAUCUUGAAUUUAAAACUUCAAAAAAUACUUGGCAAAUAAAAAAAAAUCUGGAUAGGAUUGAUAGCAGUGAUGUGGGAUCCCAGGAGCCAUAUACAAAGGAUGACGUAAACUUUAAAAAACAUUCAGACAAGGCUGAAAUUUAUGACUCAAAGUCUAAACCACAAAGCUUGAAGAAUAUUUCAAGCCUCAAAAAGUCUCUGGAUAAAAGUGAUAUUUCUAGUAUCCCCAAAUUUCAGAAACCAAUUGUGAGAAGACAUUCCAGUCCCCUUAAACAGAUUUCAUCUAUGGAAAAAACUGCAAUUAAUCCUUUGGAUUUAGAAAAAGUCUUUGAAGCUGUCAGUAAACUCAAAGAAAAUUGUAGUGCUGCUGAAGAAUUUCAAUCCAUUUUGCCUUCAAUAGGAAUUAAUUUAUUAGAUAAGGAAUUCCAGAAGAUUGUGAAAAACAGUACUAGAAAUGUGUUGACUGAUGCCAUUAAAGCCAUUGAAAUAAUUAAAGAUGGAAAUGUUGAUUGUGAGGAUCUGAAUACAUGUCUUCAAAAUUUUGGAAUUUAUCUUUCUAAGCCAGAAUAUGAGAAGAUCACAGAGUUGAUACAAGUUGAUGAGAUGGGAAAAGUGAAUUUUAAAGAAUUCAUUGAUACUCUGAUGAGCAACACGGAACGCUUCUCUGAAAAAUUAUUAUUGCCUGGUGCAAUUGAAAACCUCAACAAUCUCAGCAAAGCGAAGAUGAAUGUUUCUGAUCUGUGGAACGUUCUGUCUAGUUUGAAUAGUAAUUUAAAAAAAGAUGAAUUUGUAAUUGCACUGCAACUAGCAACAGUUGAUGAAGAUGACAAAGUACAAUUUGAAGAAGUGGUGAAGAAUAUGCCUGAUGCCUCAAGGUUAGAAGAGCUAAAGGAGGUUGUCUCUGCCCUCAGUUUGCUUGAAGGUGACAUGAUAGCUGGGAAGAACUUGGAAGACUUUCUAAGAAAUAUUGGGAUUAAGUCACAUAAAGAAGAGGCAGAGAAAAUUCUUCAAUCAGAUUUUGUUUCUGAGGACAGUAUGGUGAAUGUUAAAGACUGUCUGAGGACUUUGAAGGACACCCAGAAAUUUUCUAAUUUUAUCGCAUUGAAUGAGGCCAUCAAUACAGUAGACUGCAUGAAAGAAAGUGAUCAGUCUGAUAAAGACAAAUAUUCAGAUGGGCUUGAAAAUACUGAUGGACUUUAUUUUACUGAUGAUACCCUUCAAGAGACACUGGAUGAUUCCCUUGUUGAGGGAGAUAAAGAUGAAUUUUACAAUAUCAACAUUCAGAAAAAUGACAGUACAAGCAUAUCUGAUCUUCAGCAAAGGUUAAAUGUCAUAGGAAUCAAUUUAACAGAUGAUGAAAUGCAGAAGACUUUGGAUAAUACUAAUCCUAAUAAUGAAGUGGUGAGAUUUAAGGAUUUUAUCAGAGAACUGACCAAUACUGAUGAAUUUAUUGAGUGCCAACGAAUAGAAGAUGCAUGGAACAUUGCCAACAGUGUCUCUGAUGGGAAAGUUGAAGUUGAAGACCUUUUAUCUAUCCUGAAGAGCCUGGAGAAACUUUUAAAUGAAGAACAACUUAAGACAUUAUUGAACUCUCCAACAGAUGAAAGAAAAAUGAUCUUAAAUAAUGUAAUUGGUGUUGUGACUAAUUAUCCACCUAAACCAUCAACACCAUUCAACAAUUUAUUUAAAGAGAUUUCAACUCUUGAUAAGAUCAGAAAUGAUAGGAUGCCUGUAAAUGAACUGGGCUCUAGACUCUUGAGUCCAGGAGUUCCAUUAAGCAAGGAGGCAUUCCAGGAGAUCCUGUGACAAGCAUCUAUUGAUGAAAAUAGUGAAGUAAGUCUUAAACAAAUUUUGGAAACUUUGAACACAAAGAAGACAGUUCCUGUAUUUGUAGAUAUAGACAUUGCCCUCAAUAAUGUUAACUUGAUGAACUCUGACAGAAUUCAAGUUAAAGACUUGAAAGAUGCUUUGAGUGACCUCGGUAUUUCUUUCAAGCCUGAAGAACACCAGAUGUUAGAAAAAACGCUUGAUGUUGAUGAAAAGGGAGAUGUUUCCUUAAAGACUGCUCUAUUAGCAUUGAAGAGC